AUGGCAGGGUUUGGUCGGAAUCGCACGAAGAAGAUGAGGUGGCAGGGAGGCAGCCCAAGCCCGAUCCAGAGCAAGAGGCCCAGCCCGAGCCCAGCCAUGAUGCUGAUAUGCAGGAGAGUGAUGGAGGUGGCGCGCCUGAUGAUGAAGAAUGAAAAUGGCAGCUCUAAAGACUUUGUUCACAAACCAUUGGUGGGUUGGCGGUGCUAUGAUAUUGUGACGGUGCUGGGGUAUUUGCCGAAAGCUGGUGAUGGAAGCCACCGGGAUUGUGAUACACCCGACAAGCCUAAUGUAUAUUAUGCUAAUGACCCUGGCAAACUGUAUAUCCGCCCGAGUAAGCUUUCUUGCUUUCAGAUGUCUGGACGGGCUGAACGUGUCAUGGUUUUCGGACGUGGGCCGGCGGCUUGGCUAAAAUUUUCUUGUCACGAUGGAAGCUUGCAGGCUGGAGAAGGUAGCUUCUCUGGAAGCCAGAAAUCGUUGGAUGAUCACGGGUUUAUUGUCGGAGCAGAAUGUUGGUUGCGUAACCAAAGAAGAAAGCUGGAGAUAAGGUAG